AUGACACUGAAAAUGGAUUUUAAAUCUCACAUUUCUCUUGCGAGUUUCCGAGGUUUCAAGCUCGAAUCCACCUUCCUCCUUGGAGAUUCUAUUCAAGAACUCGCUCCAAUUCAAGCGUUCACGAAAGCUAGAGCUGAGACCUUAACCAGAGAAAUGCAAUGGAUGUCGAAAGAGAAGAUUGAGAAGAGAGAAGGUGUUUUAAAUAUGAAGAUAAAGGCUCAAUUGCAGAACACAGUCAAGGUUGUGGACGCAGUUGCAGAGAAAGGAGAAUUGAUGAAGAAGCUUGAAGAGAGAAUUCAAAGGAUAAUUGAAAGGAUCGGUAAAGCGGUUGUUUUAAGAUGGGAUCAAAAGACUGAAAGAACUAUAGGGAUUGGAUGUUUUAGUGGCAGUUUGAGGACCGUGAGAAGGAAAAAUGAAGAUGACAAGAGAGGUGUAUUACAAAUCAUGAUGAAUUCUCAAGGCUGCUUUAAUGCUAAAGGAGGAAGGAAAGACCUUGAUAUCCAUCAGCAAACUCUCUUGAGACAGACAAGCAAGCUUGGUUUCAUUUUCCAUCAUCAAAAGGAUUUGGUCCUGAGCCAUUUUUAA